AACUGAAUACACACGUUACUAGAAAAAUAGAAAGAUAAAAACUAUACGUAAAUGUGAUUUUAUGGUGACGUAAUCUCGACAUCUUUAUUUAGGUAGAAUGUAAUUAGGGGUUUCUGUCUCCUGAGACGGUGACGGUCUACUUUAAUACCACAGUAAAAUUAUUACCCCGAACACCUAAAGCCAUAUUAUGUAUUACGGUGUAAAGGCCGUAUGGCGGAUUUGCAUAAGUUUCCUAAAGUAUAGUCCCGUGGGAUCCAUAUGAACUCUAAUUAAUUAAUCAUUUUAAAAUAAUAUUGAGGGCAAAGGGUUAACCUGUCCUGGAAGCUAUGUAACGGGUCCAAAAUGCCGUUACAUUCAAAUUAAGAUAAACUGUCAUAGUUCUACUAGUUUCUAAUAAUGAGGAGAGUCCGUGUGUGGUACGUUCCAGAAUUGUGCAUAAAGAGAAUGCCGCUCGUUUCCAGGGGCGAAUAGGGAUUCUGUGGUCCGGGAGCACGCGACCAGCGCUAAGGGACAUGGGGGCAGUCACGCACGCUCAUGAUGCAGCGAUAGCAGCCUGAUGAGAGACCAGCGCGCAUGUGCCGAGGAGCUUUAUGUAACCGCGGGCCGUUCUGAAGCCGAGCGCGAUCCAUGGUCUAACGUCCGUUAGGAAACUUUACUCAUUCAUCUUUUCCCUAAAAGCGGGGUGCGGGGUCCGGGCCGCGCUGCGCUACGCCGCGCGUGUUACAUAACCGUGGCGGAGGGCGACGCCGAUUCCAAGUCGAGCCGCCCUGGAGCGCGGACCUGCCUGUCGCGCACACGAGCUCGCACCCUCGCCGCAUUCGCUCCACUCCGAGCGCGCGCGAGUUGUCCGCCGACCGCGUUGCCUCCCGCCGACCCGCGCUACCGACCUCCUACCGUUAUCUUUGUUCUUAACACUUUUCGAGUCUAGAUCUAAACUUUGAUUCUCGGUUGUUGGCUUCUAACUUCCCGGCGAAGGCGAUUACGUUCCCAAAUUUGAAGUGUGACUGUGAAAAAUACGUUCGUAUAGUGAAACCUGUUGAUAGUGUGAUGGAGUGUCAGUGUGCUUUGUUUCCCCGAAGGAUAUACACAAAACAGUCACACUAAAAGGUGGAGUGAAUCGGGCGCAGGAAUAAUAUGUAAUACGUCACAGCGUGGUGACACACAGACGUUGCACUUUGUGCGAGUGUUACCUGGUGUCGUAGCGCCGUCAACAAGCAAAAAUGGGCAAGAAGAACUCGAAACUCAAACAAGACACAAUCGAUCGACUGACGACUGCCACUUACUUUACGGAAAAGGAAAUCCGGCUUUGGCAUAAAGGCUUCCUGAAGGACUGUCCGAACGGGCUGCUUACCGAACAGGGGUUCAUUAAGAUCUACAAACAGUUUUUCCCACAAGGUGACCCGAGCAAGUUUGCGUCGCUAGUGUUCAGAGUGUUUGACGAAAACAAUGAUGGCUCCAUUGAAUUCGAGGAGUUCAUACGAGCUUUAUCGGUGACGUCACGGGGAAAUCUGGAUGAAAAGCUACAUUGGGCCUUCCGCCUGUAUGACGUGGACAACGACGGGUACAUCACACGGGACGAAAUGUAUAAUAUCGUCGACGCGAUCUAUCAGAUGGUGGGCCAGACCCCGCAGCCUGAGGACGACAACACUCCUCAGAAGCGCGUCGACAAGAUCUUCGACCAGAUGGACAAGAACCACGACGACCGGCUGACGCUGGAGGAGUUCCGCGAGGGCAGCAAGGCCGACCCCCGCAUUGUGCAGGCUCUCUCACUAGGAGGCGAUUAAUCGACGGUCAUCCUCUCGCCGGAUUUCACAUUUACUUAGAGAGCUAAUAUCAUUCCGCCGCUUCUGUUCUUCACUAUUCCUUGUCGUCGAACCCGCGAUCCGGAGUAAUCCCUGUCGCGAGUCUCACCAACCUUUCUGUUACUUAUUUUAGAUCUAGGGAUUUGGUUUGUUUGGCAACAGUUUUAGACCUUGUCAAGAUUUCAGUAGGCACUGUCUACCUUCACGAUUUAUAAUUUAUCACAUAAGAUUUAUGCACCUAGAUCGUCGUAAAAUAAAUGAUUUACUGAGUUUCUGUUUAGUAUUUGAAUUUUAAUAUUUAUGGUAUCUGGUAAAUGUUAACAUAAGCAUAGGCGACGGAUUAAUAUUGAAACAAUAUUUGUGAAACAUUUGCCAAUAUGAACAUAGAUCAAGAGCGAGGCGACCCUUCGUUACUGCUUUGUACCCACCGAUACAGAUUUUAAACACCUCUAUUAAUAGAGGAUUGAUUCAAAUAUUUUUAUUAGUUAUACAUUUAAAAGUAUUUUGAAACAACGAACUGAAAUAAUAGUAAAUGAACGAAUUAUUUAACAAAAACUUCUAUAGACCAGAAAUAUGAAUGUGUUGAAUCCCAGUAAAAUUAUAAGUAAUAUGGGUAAGUAUUAAUAUCAAAGAGAAUCGAAUGUCUAUACCGUCACGAAUUUAAGUGUUUUCGGCUUCCUUCCAACUUAAUCGAUAAGCACAACGAAAUACCAACAUUAAUUGAAGUUCGAGCCGAUAUUUUAAGCAUAUAUAUUAAGUAUGCAUAUACUGAAUACGUCAACAAAAAUAUUAAGGAAAAUACCUCUUUGAUCAAAUAAUAAUCUGAUAACAACUGAACCGUAAGAGAAUUCCAAAGCGUAAGAAUCUCCCACAUUCAAUUUCGAUAUAUGUUUAACCCUUGUAAGCAUCAUUAGUAGCCCGAUAAUUGUCCGGAUGCUGUCUAAUAUUUUUGUUACUGUACAAUUUUAAAAUCUGUUAUCCUCGCCAUCCGCUUCGUGUUGGCAAAUCUAAUUAUGCUCUUUCUUAAGUAAAUGAUGAAAAUAUCUUGAAUAAUAAAUAUAUUAGUUGUAUGUUAUGUAACGGACUUGCUAUAACCCGUAAUUAUUCACUUACUAAGAUUUAAUAGACGUUUGAUUAAUGACAAGCGGCCGAGCUUAGCCGGCCGCCACCAAGGUAAAUUCGUGCGAGAGAAUGACCGGCGACACUACAGUAAGCUGCUGUCUUGAUACUUUUAAUUUCGUAGUGCACUACAUUAGGUACCUUAUCGAUAUAACUUUCUAUAAAAUAAAGAUUUAAACAACAUUUGUCGAACAAUCGCCUAAUCUUAACGUCAUCAACAGUUCACUUAUUGAUACACUCACAACCGUGUCAGAACGUAGACACGCCGCGCCGUGUCCUGGCAUGCGCGCGCGCCGCCCGCGCGGCCCGCACCGCGCAUACGCUAACAUCUUUUGAUAUUUUUAUGUGUUUCGUCUGAACAUAACGUUAUCACUUUACUGUUGUUGUUGAUAAAUUGUUAGUUUUCUAAGUGUUGCGCCCCAUUAAAGUUAAAUUUGCAUUUAAAGACAAUAUAAAAUUUUUGGCUAACGUGCGUUUUUGGGUUUUUACAGCCCCAUAUUUAAUAUUAAAUCUUCUCAUUAAAAUUUAACACCGUAAUGGCAAAGCCAUAAAAGAAAUUGUACUUAACGUUUUUUAUCAAAAUGUAAAACUUGCACGUCUACAAUUUUGGAAAACUUCAUUGAAGACGAAAUGCAACAUUUUAACUUAAAAGAAUCGUAAAUUAAAAUUAAGAAUUAAGCGUUGAUUCAAAAUACUGAUUAGAAAUUUUAUUUUAAAUAAUAAAAUGUAGUAAAUUUGAAAACCUAUUGGUUGGGAGUAAAAACUCCUAACAAUUUGAUAUUGAAAUGAGUAUUGUGAAUUGUAAUAUGUAAUUGGUAAAAAUACAUAGUAUAAGUAUCGGUAAAAUGGUGAUCGUUGAGGCGACCGUGAUGCGUAGUGCGCAAUUCUUCUGGCGAGUUAUCAAAGAGACAAAAUAAAGGAAAUGACUUAUGUGUCUAUGUUCAUGACAAGUUACCCAUCUGUUAGAGCAGUAGUAGAUUACGUAGUCUGUGUAAUACAUUUUACCUUCGAGUUAGUCCACUGUCACGUUUCCUGCGAGGCGCCGCCGGCGACCGCCGCGGCACGCACCUUUCUUGGAGAGCACUAAUCUUUAUAUCGUCAUUGCCAAAUAUAUAGUUUCUACGUAUGUCUAUACAAAUAACUCUUUAAACUUAGGGGUACCUACAUCUAUCUCCAUCCUUCUUCGCGUAUUCUGAAAACAUAUAUUUUGGAGGACUUUUGGAUAUUUCCGUUUAGCGAUUCUCAACAUAACGUAGUUGUUAAGUCUACUAUCGUGUAAGAUACUUACCUUACAGCUUUAUAAGAACCUAAUUGUUAUCUUUUGCUUAUAAAGUAAACUGAAAUUCUUAUGAUAUGAUUAAUGGAAUUCUAAUAUUACAAGGUGUGAACUCUUAGCUAUUCUUAGCCAUUCAGCUGUUUUGCAAUUAUUGGAGAUUGGCCGUUUGAGGUUUUGCAAUUAGCUAGGUUGAUAUCGGUAGUUUCGAUCACGUCAAUUUGUGUCUUUCAACAGUGUUUGUAGACGUUAAGAUGCGUUUAUCAAACGCACUAGUGUAGGAAAUUGUCGCGGGCUGUGCAUUUUGGAUAGGGUUAAGUAGCAGAUCUUGCGUUGGAUGGCUGUUGAAAACGCAGCUUGUAACCACGGCGCUUGUUACUUCAUCUUGAACUAGGUUUUCUAAGAUAAUAAUCUUUUACUUUCUUGUAUUGCGUUAUUACUUUCUGCUUCAUCAAAAUUGAGCAUUGCCUGAACUAUUGCUGAAUACUAAGUUGUUUUCUGUAAAAGUUUAAGAAGGCUAACGAAGGGAACUCUUAACGACAGAUCGAGUUAUGCAAUCACUUCGUGAAACUUAUACCAUGAGCCUUAAUUAGGUUCUUCGUUUUAGCCUUAUCUCCUUUUAUAAUUUAUUAUAAAUUUAUUUAUCUAGGUACCGCCGAACUUUCAAUAAUCUUAUUAAAUAAUCAUGCAUAACUAUGGAAUAAUUAUUAUAUAUAGAAAUAGUCUCUUUCUGUAGCAAUUAUCUGCUCCAAAAGCAUAACUGUUUUAACGCUUGAUAACUUAAUACUUCUUGACUUGCUUUUUACGGCUUUUUGAGGGAACUGGUAGGUAUACGUCUCGAGCAAACUAGAUGCAACUAGGGAGGGGAAUUGAGAACGAAAUGAGACCUUCAAAACGAUACUUUGAGUACUUGAGACAUGCAUUAUAUACAUAGGAAAUAGCCUCAUAGGAAACACAAUAGGCGGGUAAAGUCACCCUAAUUACAUUUAGAUUGAGCUCAGGCGUUCGGUCAUUUAAUUAGUAAUGUUGAACAAAUCCUUUUCAUAACAUCUCCAACAAAACGUAAUUUUAUUUGUACUUCAUUUCCCUAUUUUCUAAAUCAAUGCCUAAUAUAUUUCUUGUGCCUGAACUAUGAGAGAAGUAUAAUACGAUACGAUACCUUAAAUAACAGGCCAGUUAGAAAAAAGUUUUGUUUUUGUUACUUUUAAACAAAAUUAAUCUGAAUGUAAAAUGUUCUUCGUAUUUAAUCGGAAUUCCUUGACCUAGUCAUAGUUUUUGAAAGUAGUUUUAAUUACAGUUUUCGUUAUUUGGUGCCAUUUCAUUUAUCAAAAUAAGAUUUCUAAUUAGUACCAUACCCAAGGACAUGAUUGAUGGUUUAAUUAAAGUUAUUUUAGGUACCAAAAUUACGUUGCUUUUUGGUGGCGAGCUGAAUCUAUUCAUGAAAUAAGAAAAGAAGGAACCGGUAGCAAAUUACAUCACCCAUCAGUUCGUCGCCAUCAAUUGAUUUGUUAUCAUACCUAUUUAUAACUGAUAAUACCUACUUAUUCUCUUUCUAUGUAAAUAGUAAUUUAUUAUUCGCCUACUUUCAUAGAUAUUAUGAUAAUAUUCACUUUUAAUAAUAAUGAUGAUUAAUAAUAAACGAAGUUGAAAUUGGA